UAUCUUAGCCUAAACAUUAUUAGUACCUACGAGAUCCUGCGUAUAGCUUCUCAAGGUCGUGCUAAGCAAGUUCACGUGGUUUCUACAAUUUCUACACUGCCCAGGCACAUGGGCUACGAGCUUGUAGAAGGAGACAGGAGAUAUAGUUACGCCGCUUCAAAAUAUACAGCAGAACGCAUGGUAGCCGCCGCGCGCUGGAGAGGCGCCAAGGCAUCAGUCUAUCGCUUGCCAUUCAUCACAGCGUCUUUAGCCACUAGCCACUUUCGGCUUAACCGCGGCGACUUUCUUCACAACUUUCUUUCAGGCUGCCUUGAGCUCGGUGCUUUCCCAUCCAUCGAUCAAGACCUAAGCGCUGUACUACCCGUCGACUAUGUAGCCGACACCAUUGUUAACCUCAUAAAACAAAAUGCUACUUGCGAUGGUUUCCGAGACUACGACUUUAUAGAUUCUUCGCCAAUCAGCUUUGACCACUUUUUCCAUCUCUUCGGCGCUGCACUCCCUGGCCAAGAAGUCGUUCCCUUUGCUAAAUGGAACCAGCGUGCAUCCUCCUAUGCUGCUAAUCAUCUUGCAAGCCCACUAGCGCGCAUCAUAACCCUCCUUGAUAGCGUUACAGAUGCUUCGGGUCUAGCCGCCAUGCUGUCAGGUCCUAAAUGCUCGCGUGAAAACGUACUCGGUGGUGAUCAUUAUCCAGCACCUGCUAUUACCAAGGACUUUGUUGCCAAAUAUGUUACUCACAUCUUUUCUACUGCAACUACACUGCAAAAUAAGGAUUAA